AUGGCCAUGUUCAAGAAUUACUUGGGCCUUGGAUGGUCCAACUCUUCAUCAGAGUCCAAAGAUGACACCAAAAACACAGUCCGUGCUCUUCCAGCCUCGUGGUACACAUCUCGGGAUAUGUAUGAGCUGGAGAGGCGAGCCAUCUUUUCUCGAAAAUGGCUGCUGACAACCCACAAACUGCGUCUCAAAGAGUCUGGCGACUGGCUUCGAUACGAGAUUGCAGGAUUCCAGUUUGUCAUUUGCCGCGACCGCACGGGGUCAAUCAAUGCCUUUCACAAUAUUUGCAGACACCGCGCUUUCCCUGUCGUCACUGAACAGCAGGGCAACAACAAAGUGUUUGCGUGCAAGUAUCACGGAUGGUCAUAUGGCAUGAAUGGAAAGCUGGCCAAGGCCCCCGGCUAUCAGGACAUGGAGGACUUUGACAAGUCUCAAAACGGUCUGCUGCCUAUCCAUGUCCACAUUGACCACAACGGCUUCAUAUGGGUCAAUAUGGAUGGCAAACCCACGCCCGAGGUUGCGUGGGACGACAAUUUCGGCGGUGUUGACACGCAAGAACGCUUCGAGGAGUACAACUUUGACGACUACGAGUUUGAUCACGCCUGGGAAAUGGAAGGCGAAUAUAAUUGGAAGAUUCUUGCCGACAACUACAACGAGUGCUAUCACUGCAAAGUGGCACACCCCGACAUCCCAAGUAUCGCUGAUCUCGAAGCCUACAAAGUCGAGGUCAAGGACUCGUACAUUGAGCACUACGCCAACUCUACCCCCGAGCAGAUUGCUCGCGGCUUCAAAGUCGCGCCAACCUACUUUUUUCCUAAUGCCUCUAUGAAUGUCACGCCAAACUUUUUCUUUACUCAAAGAUUUGUGCCGAUUGGCCCUACACAAUCAGCAAUGAAGUAUGAAGUCUUUAGACACAAGAAUGCCGACAAUGAAGCCUUUACCGUCAUCAACGACAUGUACAAGCGCAUCAUGUCCGAGGACAAAUACCUGUGCAUCAAUGCCCAAAAGAAUCUCAGCGCGGGCGUCUUCAUCAACGGCGAGAUGCACCCUACCAUGGAAAAGGGCCCCCUGUUUUUCCAGCGCAAGAUUCGCGAGGCCGUGCAGGAGCACUACGAGAAGGAGGUGCGAGCUGAUGACCAGAUUUGGCCGGCUCGGCAGACGCUGCCGUGCGGCGCCAAGGCGAGCGACAAGGACGUCGACUUUUGCGCAAAGGUCGACUGUCACAGCAAAAUGGCCAACAAGUUGACUGCCAAGCAGAUGAUUGAAGUUUAA